UCUGGACAGAAAACGUGGGACGAGUUUACAAGUCUACCCAGGAGACCAAGAUUAUUCACCUUAUCUCUAUAUUCGUCCUAGAGGAGAAGGUUUGAUCUCGACUAAUGGCUGUCUCAGAGAUGUCCAUGCUCGGGACUCGGUAUGUUAGGUCUCUAAUCCUUUGCAUCUUGCUGCUACCUCGCUGUGGUCAAACGAGUCCAAUCCCUUCCCUUGACGAGCCAUUUUCAGGAGGUCUUGGAGCGGUGGAUGCAUCUACGCUGGACCAGGAUGAUAAUGUAGAUGUUCAGGCACUUCUAGGCCAGUUCCUCAACGUGUUAAAUUUAACAGCGCACGAGCCGAAGCCGAGGCCCCGGGCUGCCCGUAUCGAGCCACCGGAGUACAUGCUGGAAAUGUACAACCACUACACUAAGGAUCGCAGCACCAGACCUGCAGCAAAUAUUGCACGGAGUUUCAAGAAUGAGGUCCCACGUCAGGAGCGCAUUAUUGCCGCCGAGCUCCGCCUCUACAUGCUGGUACAUCGAGAUCCUCAGCGCGACAAUGGUGUUGACUGGAAGGUAACCGUUUUUGAGAGGCAAGUGGAAGGCGGUCCUUCGUUUCGGCGUUCUGAGGGUGAAACCGUGGAGACCAAUUUGACCAGUAUGCAGGAGCUUGUGGUAAGGCAUGGCCAGGUCAAAGAGAGCGGAUGGGAGGUGUUCGAUCUGACUGACGCUGUUCUGCGCUGGCGAGACCUGGUGCGCACGAGCCAGUGGCUUGAGCUGCAGGUGGAAAGUGAGAAUGACAGUGAGCUACAGGAUGAAGACAAGAGUGCUAUUUUUAUCAGCCUGGACAUUGAAAGGAGCGUGGGAGGAAAGCACGAACCAGUCCUGAUUGUCUUCUCAGAUAACGAAAGUGAUAAGGACCAGCCAAAGAAGACAACAGAAGACAACACCGGCCUGUUAGAGCUCAGUGAACUGUUGGUGGAUGAAAACGACGACAGCGGCAAACAACAAAACGAGGCCCUUUUAAUGCAAAUGCGCUCCAACAUGAUCUACGACAGUGCGCCGCGAACCCGCCGCAACGCCAAAGGAAGCCAAUGCAAGAGGACUGCACUCUAUGUGGAUUUUAAAGAGAUAGGCUGGGACUCGUGGAUUGUUGCACCACCAGGCUUCGAGGCCUACACAUGUCACGGGGUGUGCAAUUAUCCAUUACUUCCACAAGUGACACCCACCAAGCAUGCCAUUAUCCAAACACUGGUCAAUUUGAAAAGCCCUCAGAAGGUCUCACAAGCAUGUUGCGUGCCCACUAAGCUGGAACCAAUAUCUCUGCUGUACGAAAAUGAGAACGGCCAUGUCAUUUUCCAGCACAAAUACGAAGGCAUGGUGGUGGCCGAGUGCGGCUGCAGAUGAGAUCGUUAAGCUCUCAUAAACUCUCUCCAGAAUCGGCUGACAACCCAGAUAGACAACACUGAGAGGCCUGAUAAGAUGAUAAAUAUGAACAGAUAAAUGCACCGUGAUCAACAAUGAUGUUGCCUUUGUGUGAUAAUUAACAACUUAUCUAGCGACUCUUUGUAGAGGUAUUUAAAAAAAAAAAAAUGUAUUGUGAGUAGCAUGCUGCUAUGUGAAAUAUACAGACACUGUAACCUGGCAUGGAAUUGAUGAACAUCAUGGAGCAAAAGAGACAUUAAUGAAAUUUCACUUAAUAUGUACCUGCUAUUUAU